AUGUCGGUUCCUCUGCCCUUGGCGAUGCACCUGAAAGCGGUGGAGACUGCGCUCAGGGAAACUUGCAGGGGCGUGUCCUGGCUGGUCUGGUGGGUACUGAUGUUCGAAGUCUUAAGCGGUUUUGGCAUCCUGGCGCUCCCGUUCCUCAUGAAUGAGUACGUCUACAUGGGGGGCCUCCUGCUACUUGUUCUCAUGAAGUUGGUGCAGAAGGUGCCAGUGCUUGCGUUACUGCGGCAACCGGCUCUCCUUGCAGCAACCAGCCGCCAAUCCAUGUUCAGGCUCUCACAAGAGCACGAGUCACAAGGACCAGGUUGCGCCUGGGAAGCAGCUUUCCGGCUGCUUCUCUCCAGUGUGGCCUUUGUCUCCCUAGGCCUUCAGUGGAGCAGCCUGGCGACGAUGUGCACAGACCAGCCAUCCUGGGAAGAAGCAUACGACUCUGCGGCGGCAGGCUGUAUACUGCCGGCAUGUCACACGGACGCCGUCUGGGAAGCCUUGCUCUCGGAGUACACACCGAGUGCUAACAUGUGCCUCAUUCGGCUUAGGACUUGUCACUGCACACAGAGGGCCGGCAUCCACACAAACCUCUGCUACAGUUUAGGGCCCAUCUUCUGCUCUACAGGCCUGGAUGGGGCACCACACGCCCUGCUGCAGCGGGUCAGCAUCCUUCUCUGCGCCAUGAUUGCGCCGCCCUUGUGGUUCCUUCUGUACUUGUGCUUGCAGAUGACGGACCUCGAUGCAGACCUGCUGCGCAGUGCAAUCCAUGCUGAGAAGCAGAAGAUGCUACGAGCCAUGCAGACCUCGGGAGCUCCGAGAAUCCCAAGCUGGACAGGGCGCGCCUGGCUGACGUGGGAAGUCGCAUUCUAUUUGCUAGAUAUCAUGCUUGACGUAAGCUGCCUCUCGACCCUGGUCCAAACCAAGCAAUACUUGCUGGCAGGUUGCCAGGCUUGUGUGCUUUUGUGGAGUCUGGUGCAGCAACUGCGAUUCGGAGUUUGUGCGAUUGCUGCUGCCAUCAGAGAGUCCUUUCAAGUCGGAUACCAGACCGAUGUGCUCCUGCGAGUCUUGCAAUCCGAGAAGCUUUCCGAGAGCUUUCUGUCAUUGCUUAUUCAGGGUACCGCCAUUACAUCAUUGCGCAAUGCCGCCGCGACCCAGUUCAAUCUCAGCAUGCUGAUAAGCAUUCUUGGCAUCGUCAGGGCUAUUUACAAGCAGGUGCACCUCGAACUUGGCAGCAUCGACAAGCAGCCAGACGGCACCUGUGCCGCGACCUGUUGCAGGCAUCGAAGAGAUACAGUCUCCGAGUUUCACGCCAGCCACCAGCGCGGAGGCUCGGCCAAGCCACAGCGAACCUCAGCGCCCGCCCUUUGGCGCAACUUGUAUGGCAGGGUCGGCUGA